UUGGCUAUCUGAGUUUAGAUAGGCACAGUCGAUAAACUUGACAAAGAUUGUAUCUGGGUGGGUGUUUGGAUCCCUUAUUUUAUCAAUGACCCUGCAGGAGAAAAGGGGUGGUUCCAAUGGUGAAGAUGGUGGUAAGGACCGGUUUCCAAUUGGCAUGCAUGUUUUAGCAGUUGAUGAUGAUCCUGUUUGUCUCAAAGUUUUGGAAAAUCUCCUUCGUAAAUGCCAAUAUCAUGUUUCCACAACCAAUCAGGCAACUACGGCCCUCAAAAUGUUGAGGGAAAACAGGAACAGAUAUGACUUGGUUAUUACUAGUGUUAACAUGCCAGACAUGGAUGUCUUUAAGCUUCUUGAACUCGUGGGGCUUGAAAUGGACCUACCUGUAAUCAUGUUGUCAACUCAUGGCGAUACAGAGCUUGUAAUGAAGGGGAUUACUCAUGGCGCUUGUGACUACUUAUUGAAGCCAGUUCGCAUCGAGGAGCUAAAAAACAUAUGGCAACACGUUGUGAGAAAAAACAAACCUGACUUUAAAUAUCACGUUAAUGCACUGAACCAAGAUAACGGACACGAAGAUGAGGAUCCCUCGAUCCAGGAAAAGCCUCGAGUUGUUUGGUCUGAUGAGGUGCAUAGGAAGUUUGUUUCAGCUGUCAACGAAUUGGGUCUUGAUAAGGCUGUUCCGAAGAAAGUUCUUGACCUUAUGAAUGUUGAAGGCCUCAAAAGGGAAACUGUAGCAAGCCAUCUACAGAAAUAUAGGCUUUACAUAGGACACAGCAUUGUUGCUGCAUUAGGCAGUAAAGAUCCGUCUUACUUCCGCAUGGGUCCAUUGGACGGCUUUGGAUAUUUUCACACAUUGACUGGACCUGGAAGGAUUUCAAGUGCCUCUCUGCCAUCUUAUCAACCAGGUGGAAUGUUUGGGAGACUGAACUCCUCAGCUGCUUUAAGCCUACAUGGGAUUUCUUCUAGCGUGAUUCAACCUGGACAUUGUCAAACAUUGAAUAAUCCGAUCAAUGGUUCUGGGAAGAUCCAGCCAGCCGUGGUACCUGCAAACCAGAAAAAAAAUGGAACUUUGUUUCAAGGGAUCCCAACAUCGGUAGAUCUCAAUCAACCGACACAGAACAAGCCCACCAACGGUUGUGGAGAAUUUAAUCGUGUUAAUGAUCCGAACUUCCAAGAUGCCAGAAUGGCGGUUGGUGGCUCGUGUAAUACUCUACAUGUUUCCUCAGGCAACCCUUUGUUGUUACAAUCAAACACACAACAAACGAAACAUAGUGGUACAUUUGGAAAUCAAGCAUCCCUUAGUAACAGCCUUCUUGAUCUUUAUUCUUUCAAGGCAAAAUCAGCAAAUUUGGGGGACUCUAAAGGAGACAUCUCCAAUGUUGGCCUAAAUAAUUAUAUCAUUCUGAAUAUUGAUUAUGCAAAAAAGCAACAGUGGGGAGAUAGCAGACACGAUAAUAACGGCAAUACGAAUCAUUCAUUCUGCCGAGCGGAUUCCCUGGUUCUGUUUUUGUUUGUAUGUUUUGUGUUAUUUUGUUGUGUGUAUAAGAUAUGUCAGAAGACUUAUGAUGCUUGGUGUUGAAGCAACAUGUUCCUUCAACGCUUUCUUUUUUUAA